CUUACUUCCUAUCAGUACGUGCACCCCGUGCUUUUCCUGAUACUUGGCCGGUGCACUGCAAGGCAGCAUCGAUAUCGUCGUCCACACGUAACCUGCCGGCCGCCUGGCACGUGCGAUGGUCGUCGAACGCCGACUAUAUAAGCAGCUGCAUCGAACCGUCCAGACAUCACUCGCUGAAGAGCAGGAGCAACAAGCCGUCGCCAUGAACCCUCUGACAAUUGCCACCAUCCUAUCCGCUGUCCUUGCCACCACCAUGGCCGGUGGGGUCGGAUACGGGGGACUUGGUUACGGAGGACUUGGUUACGGAGGACUUGGUUACGGAGGACUUGGUUACGGAGGACUUGGUUACGGAGGCCUUGGCUACGGAGGACUUGGUUAUGGAGGCCUUGGUUAUGGUGGAGGCCUGGGAGCCGGAGGUGUAGGUGUCGGCAGCAGCGUGGCUCUCCUGCGCGGUGGACCUGGACUGUACAAGGCAGUGCCUGGUCCAGCCUUCCUGGUCAGGACCGUCCACCAAGUUAACAAGCUGUCCAGUGGUGGAGCACUGGUCGCACACUCCGGCCUCGGAGCAGGAUCGUACGUUGGAGGCGCCGGACUCGGCGGAGGCUACGGAGGUGGCCUGGGAUAUGGCGGUGGUUUGGGAUACGGAAGUGGUUUGGGAUAUGGCGGCGGCUACGGAUACGGCGGCUACGGUUACAAGGGAUGAUUGUGCUGCUUGCAAGUACUCUAGCUUCUAGUUCGUUGUAUAAGUUAUUGCAAAGUGGUGAGCGACAUCAAAAUGGCUACGCCAUCUCUGAGUUUUAUUUGACUGGAAUGCGUCAACACAUAUAAAAAGGCCGAACCUGAUUACAACAGGCGUACUGCGAGCAAAGUCGGCGGAACGUGUGCUACUGCUACAACUACGCGAAGGUGCUUCGCAUGCUUCAUAAAAAUCUGACGCGCCACUACUGAGGCAAAACGUAUUGAUGGCUUCGAGUUAAUAAGUCCUGAAUUAUUAAGUUCUGAUUCAACCAGAACGCGUCUUCUGGUAAUUAUCAUAAACCACUAGGUAAAAAAAUUCAUCCAGCGGCAGUGCUUUUUUAAUGCAUUCCCUCACUAUUUAAUUGGUCACGAGCUGUGUUGCAGAAAGUAUGUGGCGCUUGAAAACCCAAUCUUGAAACCAUCAAAUGAAGAAAUGCCAUUUUGAGCGCAUGUGCAUUUCGAUGAUAAAUGUCAAUAAAAUUCCUACUUUGCCUUCAUGGA